AUGGUUCGCGUCGUGUGCUGCACAUGCACGCGUGCGUGCUGUGAUGUCCCCCUCCCUUUCCCCCUUCCCAACCAACCCCUCGAAUGGCCAACAGCUGCUAGUCUCCUCGUGGUGCAUGCCUGCAAAAAAAUGCCCUUCAAACGCUCUUCCCCCACUGCUCAAAGCACCACUUCACAUGCUGUCCCCUCCUCCUUUUCAACCCCCAACCCCAACAGGUGCUCGACGCCUCGUGGUACAUGCCUGCAAGGAAAUGCCGCCUCCUUCAAUGCUCCAUCCCCACGUCUCAACCCUCCCCUCCUCUUUACCCACCCCACGCCCUCUUCCCCACUCUUAACCCCAGCAGGUCCUGGACGCCUCGUGGUCCUGGACGCCUCGUGGUACAUGCCUGCAGAGAAACGCCAGCCGUUUGAGGAGUUUCAGCAUGGGAGGAUCCCAGGAGCAAUCUUCUUUGAUAUUGACGCCAUUGCUGACCCCACCACAGAUCUUCCCCACAUGCUGCCGACAGAGGCCGCCUUUUCUGCAGCUGCGUCAGCUUUGGGUUUGUCAUCUAGUGACAGCAUAGUGGUGUACGAUGGCAAGGGACUCUUCAGCGCCGCCAGAGCGUGGUGGAUGUUCCGUGCAUUCGGACAGCCACACGUGGCAGUGCUGGACGGCGGGCUGCCAGCCUGGCGGGCGGCAGGCUACCCAGUGGAGGCAGAGCCGUCAGACAAGGCGACCGGGCGGCACAAGGCGGCUGCUACUGCCAUCAAGGACAGUUACUCUACUAAGGCCGCAUCCAACCGCCUGCUCACUUUCAACGCCAAGCUGCAGCCCAACCUCAUCCUGUCCGUUGAUCAGGUGAAGGCUAAUAUCGAGAAUAAGGUGUAUCAACUCAGCGAUGCCCGUUCUGCUGGCAGGUUCAAGGGCGUAGACCCUGAGCCAAGGGCAGGAGUGCGAGGAGGAAGCAUCCCAGGAAGCUUCAACGUGCCAUUUCCCGAGGUAGAUUUCAGCCAAUUGCGAGUCAGCAUUCCCUUGAACGCUUCUAGCAUCGCAGGAGUGGUUCUUUUAGGUUUUUGCGUCCUCUCCCUGACUUUUGAGUCGACUCAAAAGUCAACUCUCCCUGUGCCAAUCCUUGCACGAGCCAACAUCGAGGACCCCAGAGUCAACAUCGAGGACCCAAAGCAGCCUCUCGCCGCCUCAUGCGGCACGGGAGUCACUGCAUGUGUGCUAGCUCUGCACCGACACACUCAUGCGCUGGAAUACAUCUCCUCACCCCUCCGUCUCCGCACCACUCACUCUGCCCUUCCCCUCACUUGUCCCUUUGCUCCCUUACUCUGGCCUCUGGCUCGCCUGGGUCGGUGGGAUGCUCUGGCUUGCCUGGGGCGGUGGGACGUGCCGGUGUAUGAUGGCUCGCGGACAGAGAGGGGUAGUGCUCCUCCUGUACAUCGUUUCCCUCACACUCUGCUAUUCUCUUCCUUAUACCCCCUUCUGCAACUCGUGUUCCUCCGUCUCUGCCCUCCCUCGCUGCAGGCUCUGGCUCAACUGGGUCGGUGGGACGUGCCCGUGUAUGACGGCUCGUGGACAGAGUGGGGUAGCCUGCAGGACACGCCAGUUGUCAAGGCAGAGUGA